GUUUGCAAAAUAAAAGUACAGCAACAAAGGGAAUGCAACGAAACUGAGAACCGACAGCGGGAUUGCGUUGCUCCUUCGUGUAAUGUUUAAUGUAUGAGUCCUAAUAUUUUGUAACGAUGAGUAUGGCGAAUGCGAAGGACGCCUCUUCGACCGGGACUUCGGACGAUCCAAUUGCUUUACUCGACGAAGACAACGACGACGACGAUGAUGGCACGGUAGCUUCGAUUGGGGCGGUGAGAACCAACACGAACGAAAGGAAAAGACCGGCGUCUCCCGGGAGAGAGUGCAGCUCUUUGGAGUCGGUUCCACGCAAACGAUCCGUCCGAGGAAACCGCGCCGUUUCUCCCCAAGAGAGGGCGAUUCUUCCACAUGACGAUGGCUGCAUGCUGAACCCGCGCCACCCCAUCAAAAUAUUUGCGACCGAUCGAGACAAGACCACGCGGCGAAACCUUAGGCGUCGCUUGAAGAAAGGCGAGGUCGACAGUGACAAAGAUGGCUACCACUAUACUAACACUGAAGAUGCAUAUCGUACCCAUUGGUCGGUAUUUCACUGCUGGACCUUUCGCGAAAUGUUGGGAUUCGACCGCUUUUCGGGAAUUCGGUAUCAAACCCAGGCAGAUCUCAUUGGCAGUGACACAUUUCCCGGUGCUAAGACCAACAAAAUUAGCCAUGGGAAUCCUGUGGGUAUCGAUUGGAUCUUUAUCACGACCUACAUACUUGAUGUGGACUAUCUGCUUCACGAACUCCCGGAGUUGCUCGAUAUCCCGCUCGUUGUCAUUGUCUACCAAUACAAGGAUUUCAGUUCGAGAGAAGAGGCAUGGAUCAGGGAGGUUUCCUCAAAGAAAGAACACAACCUAGCUCUGGUUGAGCGGAAUCCACGGGACCCACCCCGAACCGAAUCCAAUCCCCUGAAGGUGCGAAUGCCCUAUGGCUGUCACCAUACCAAAAUGACGCUGGUUGGCUAUUCCUCGGGGCGCCUGCGGGUUCACAUCCACACCUCGAAUUUACGGCAGGGAGAUGUUCACGACAAGUGCCAAGGGGCAUUCCUCCAAGACUUUCUGCCGAAAACCGAGGACCAGCUGUGCAAUUUUGUCACCUCUGACUUUGAGGAAAGCCUCGUGACGUAUCUGGAAUCUUACCACUUUGUUCUCCCAUGGGUGUGGAAGAAAGCUGAAAUCGGACGCGGUGAGGGAAGCGAGGCAACCACUCUUGUCUCACACAUACAAACCUAUGAUUUUUCUAGCUGCGUGGGGGUGCUGGUUCCAUCUGUUCCAGGUUAUCACAAUGCGUCUCUAGAUGCACGACCUUCACGUCGAGGAAACAAGGAAAUCUAUGGCUAUCUCAAGGUCCACAAAGCGAUACGGGAACACUGUAACUGCGACAGUAGCAGUGCUGGUCCAAUUGUGUGCCAGUUUUCUUCCAUGGGGGCUCUAUGGGAGCCGUAUCUCGACAAGGUAGCCGCAGCCUGGAACGCAGGUGCAGCCAACUGUGGUUCGAAGACCGUGGCGACGUCGCGGCCUCCAAAAAAGGGGGAAUUGGCGGCUUCCUGGCUGCGAUUUGUCUGGCCCACAACUUUAGAAGUCAAAGAGAGCGUGGAGGGACCGAUGGGGGGUAAUUCGGUUCCAGGGACGGCAAAGAAUCUCCACAAGACGUUUGUCCGCUCCCUUUUGCACAAGUGGAGGUUUCUUUCCAGUACUAAUGAUGGUAGCACCACCGGUAUGUACGGGGGAAACCUCGAUAGCACCGAUUCCAACCGACGACGUUGGAAAGAGGAGGAUCCACUCGACAAGGGAUGCCACGUCCCGCACAUCAAAUCGUACUACCAAAUUCAGGAGCUUGGUGACAGGUACGGGCGAGAUAGUAUGCUCUGGUUUGUCCUGUCCUCGCACAACAUGUCCGUGGCGGCCUGGGGACAGAUUCAAAACCGUCAAAAGGACCUCGGGAGGAAAGUACUGACCGUUCAGCACUGGGAGCUGGGCAUUUUUUUGGCUCCUUCCACGCUGGGAGUUCGUUCCAUGGGACCGACAUUGGAGGGAUCCAGGCACCGGCAAGCAUACAACUGCAAAACUGCCAACGAUGAUCCCAUCAACGAAGCAACCCGGGCAGUAAUUCCCCUGCCAUUCAAAUUCCGACCAAUCAAAUACCAAGAUUCUGAUAAACCAUGGGUUGUGGGGUAGAAAACCGCAUGCACAAUGAAAUUGGGCUGAAUUUUUUCUUGAUUUGGUCUCUGUUAUAGUCAAAUCCACGGAACAAAGUGGUAGUAAGUGCUGCUACUAUUUAUAACAAUAAGGCAGUACACCACAAUAGUGAGCAAAUAUGACUGUUUGUGAAGAAUGAUUGUGAAUACUGCUACUACUACUAUACCGCUACUACUAGGUAUUCCUACUACCAUAGUAUCACACCACCAUGAUCAUUGUCCUCAUCUGAUACUUGCGCAUCCAAUUCUAGGAUAUGAUAUAAACUUGUGUUCCAGUUUUUUCUCAAUUUGAUAUUCAGCAGGGAUACAACUUUGCUAAUAAUCAUCCAACCAUCUCAUUGUAUUACUUCUUGUUUAAAACACCUUUGUUCAGAGAUUUGUCCACCACACUACACCAAGAACAAAUAGAAACUACUACUACUUUGAAUCUAAAUCUUAUGCAAGAAGAAAUAUGAUUCUCACAAAGAAAAAGCAGUUCCCAUGUAUCAUGUCCAUGAUGAAGUGGUGCAACAUGAAGUACAUUCAUUCCUACUUGUGAUCCACGUAAAAAUAAUCCAAUUCUCAUCAC